CGAAUAUUCGCAUAAUGUGAUGAUAGAUAAUAGAUAUUCUAACAAUGUACUUGAUAGAAAAUAAGAAAAACUAUCAAGUAUUUGAAGAAAUCAAGAGAUGAAUAUCAAUACGUAACAGAUAAUUUUUACAGUAAAAUGUCGGCAAAAAUUCGGUCACUUACUAAAAUUGUAAGGGGCAUGGAUGUUGAAGAUAGAAUAGAGUCUCUCUAGGGGGCAGAAGGUAUCAAACAAGUGAUGACUUCCCGCGCACACAUCUUGCUUAUUUUCUGUGUUCUAUAUUUUGUAUAGUGCUCAUUUGACUUGAGGAUUGUUUACAAUCAUUCUAAAGAAUCGAAAGUACAAUAAUUAAUUUUUGUUAUUACAAUCUGAAAGUAAUUUAUAUGUAGAUAAAUAAGUGAUAAAGUGAUAAAAGUAAAUGUAGGCGUCCCUUCAGAUGUGGGUCUGUUUAUGCUUAUUUGCAUAUAACGCGUAUGACAAGAUUUUGGUGAGCCACUUGUUGCGUGUAGGUUAUGAUGUCAUAAACAAUAGAAAUGUUGUCAAAAAUAUUAUAGUAAACGUGAAAAAUGCAAGACCGAAUAGGGAUGGAGGCUCCUGGAAUGAGUCUCUUUCAAGGCUCUGGGAGUAUUCAGAUAAAUGCUGCAUCUCAUGGACUAGAAGAAGAUGAGGAGCAACAAGACUUUCAACGUCGUAACAAAGAACUCAAAGUUAUGUUGCUUGAUGCUUUCGAUGAUUUGGACGAAGAAGAUGAUGGAAGUAGCUCCGUAAAUAGUAGUAACUUUCAGGACGCGUCCAGAGAUGCAGACCAUAAUGUUAGCAGUAGCAUAGUAGUAAAUGAUAGUUCAAUUCAACCAAUUACUUCUGACAAGGGACCAACAUAUCAAAAUGAUGUUUCUACAUUAGAUGGGAAUAUUAACUAUGCAAUGAGCACUCCAUUUCCUCGAUCUGAUGACAAAAGAGGAUCUCCUAUAUCUGACAUAAAUAAACAAUUUGAUAUUUAUAAUCAAAUAGGAACACCACUCAAUAGUCACAGAGAUAAUAGUAUUUUGAACUCCACUUCAAAAAGUUCUUACGAAUUACCAAGGCCACCGAAUCUUCAAAAUCCAAUGACAUUUCCGAAUGAUUUAAGAGCACAAAUUAAUGAAGGGUAUACUUUAUUAGAAAAUAUUCCUUAUAAUUCUAAUUACCAUACUCCGGCCAAUCAUUAUGACGUUCAAAAUGCAAAAUUUUCUAACAAUGGAUAUAUUGAAACAUAUGAUAAUAACAUAUCUCAAAAAAAUACUAACGACAUUCAUGAGAUAGAUAAUGAUACAACUUCUGAUCAUUACAAUCAUUGCUAUCAAACAAGUCCAAACGGAAGACCCAUAGUAAAUGAUUCUGUCAAUGCUUAUAAAACCGCUGAAUAUAAUAGCAAAGAGCAAUUGGAAGUGCUCUAUGCUGUAAGGGUAAAAGAAAUUGAACGUUUACGAGGAGAAUUACAACAGUUACAAAUAGCAAAGGAAGAAGAAAAGAAUGAACUUUCAAGAAAAUUAGUAUUAGCUCAAGCAGAAGCACAACGUUCUGAUGCAUCAAGAAAUAAAGCGCGAGAUGCACUUAUCGAUGCUAAAGCAGAAAUUAUACAAUUGCAGACUCAAGCGGAGUCGUUUAAAGAAAAAGUUGCAGUUUUGGAAAAAACCAAUAAAAACAUGAGUGAAGAGCUAUCUGUAGCAAAAGAGUCUGUUAUAGAUCUGCAACAAAAAAUAGCUGUAUUGGAAAGAGUACAAAGCUUACAAGCAAAUGAUAAAACUCAUGAAAAGUUUAUUAAACAAGUACAAGAAAAGCAUGCAGUAGAAAUGAAAAAUAUGCAAACGCAAAUUGAUGUACUUACGGCAAAACUUAACGAAAAAGAAUCUAUGUACAAUUCUUUGGAAAAUAAAUUAGCAGAAGUUCGUAGAGCUCAUGAAGCUUUAAUAGUUGAAAAGGGCGAAUCGAUGAAUCAAUUAGCUAAAGCACUAGAAAACAGUCAAAAUCAAUGUAGAGAUCUUAUGGCUACAAAUAAUGCUCAAGAAAUAAUGCAAUUAAAAAAUCGAGUUAAAAUACUGACUCAAAAUAAUGAAGAAUUAUCGCAAACAAUUCAAGAAUUACAACAUAAAUUGGAUGUUGCCAAAUCUGAUGUCUUGCCAUACGAUUCAUUAUUGACGACAGCUAUAGAUGAGGAAUCUGAUUCCAUCAGACAAUUAAAGCUUGGUGAAUUUCACAGUAAAUCGAAAGAUAAAUCAAAUGAUGAUAUCAUGAGCACAUUACGUGUAGAAUUACAAAGAUGUGUUGCAGGUAAUGCAAUAAAACGUAAAGAAAUAUCACGAUUAGAAAAUACUCUUGCGCAAAAAGAUGAAGAACUUAAGAAAGCAUACGCUGCGGCUGAAACGUGUCAACAAGAAGCAGCAAAAUAUGCAAAACGUGUAAAUGAAUUAGAAGAAGAGCUAAAUAAUUUUGUAACAGAGCAUUCAGUAAAAGCUACUUCACAAAUACAAAAAUUAACCGAACAUUUAAUGGAAGUGAGGGAACAAAAUUCUUAUCUUAUGACGGAAAAACAAAAAUUACAAGAAAAAUUAGAAGAAACUCUUGCAAGUCAAGAAGAAACAAUUAAAAAAUUCCAUCAAGAAACUAUGGCUCAAUAUGAAAAACAAAAUAUUGAUGAAUAUAAUAAACAAUAUCUAGAAAUUCAUAACAAAGCUAUUGAAAGAGCUAGAAAAGAAGCACAACUUGAAAUGGUGCAAUUACAAGUGCAAUUAGAACAAACACAAAAAGAGCUUGAUCGCGUUAAACAAUUAUAUAUACAAGUUUGUGGCACGAAAGAACAAUUAAUCGAUGAUCAUAAAAAUGAAAUAAAAACAUUAAAAGAAAAAUAUACAUCAUUCGAAAUACAAAAGAAUGAAAUUGAUCAUAUAAAGUCAAAUUUAGAAGUUCAAUUGAAAAUAAAUAAAAGAUUGACACAGGAAUGUGAGUCUUUAAAAAAGAAAAAUAUUGAAUUAGAAAAAGAUUUAAGUUAUGAACGUCGAAAAAAAUUGGAAAAUACAAGAAAAAUACAUCAAGAAAUUGAACGAGCUAAAGAAGAAGCUCUAACUGAAUUACGUAAUGCUCAUCCUGAUCAUCAAAUUAGUAUUUUACUUCCUGAUUAUUGUUCUGAACAUUCAGACAAAAUAGCACAACUUGAAAAUGAUUGCAAACGUUUAGAAGAAAAGUUAUCUUGCGCACUUGAAGAACAGAAGAAAAUGGCUGAUCUACAACAUGAAGAUUUAGAGGCAAAAAUAAAAAUCGCUCAAAUGGAAAUUACAUAUGAAACAUUGAAGAAAAAAUAUACUAAUCUUUUAAAUGAAAAAGAAGAUUUAUUAGAUAAGAUAUCUAAAUUACAGCAAGAAAUGGCUGAUUUCAAAAACAGUCAGAAAACUGAUGAUGUACAUGUUUCAUUAAAAAUAAGUGACUUGGAAAGUGAUAAAUUGAAAAAUUUAUGUGAGAAUUUGUUCAAAGAAAAGAUUACAUAUCAAUCGAAAAUUAUUGAUUUGGAGAGUAAACUUAUCGAAUAUAAAAACAAAAUUGCAAAAUUUGAAAGCAAUAAGAGUAAAUCUAAUGAAAGUUUAUCCACUACCCGUACUGAAUUAGAACAAGAACUUUGUCAAUACAAAGAACUUGUAAAAAAAUUAAAUGACCAGUUAAAUAGUCCUAAAGAUUUUAGAAAAGACGAAGAACGAUUAAAACAAUUAGAAUUAGAGUUAAAAGAAAAAGAAGUGCAAUUACAACGCCUUGAAGAUUUAGAGAAGAUAAAAGGAGAAAGGGAUCAAUUAAUUACGAAAUUAAAAAAUCAAGCACAACAAUUUGAAGAGUAUGUUAAAAAUCAGAAACAAGUUUCUGCUGAAUUAAAUUUAUCACCAAGAAAUACCGUUGACACAAAUGAACUUCAAAAACUUCGUGAGCUAUCAAUCAAAGAAGUUAGAGAAGAGAUGGAGCAAAAAGUUGCGGAAGAGUUACGAGGAAUAGAAGAUCAACAUAAAGAAAAACGAAAAGCCAUUGAAGAUAAGUAUAGAAGUGCUCUUACAGAGUUAAACAAUCGUUAUGCAGAUAAAACUAAAGAAUUAGAAGCAAUGAGAGAAAUGAUGAUGACUGAAAAAAAGAAACUUCAAUCGUCAUUUAAAGCUCAAGAGCAAAUAGUUACACAAAUGAUUGAAGUAAAAAUUCGAGAGUACAAACAAGAAUUGCUAUCACGUAAAUUAACGACAGAAAAAUUACAAGCAGAACUUCAACAAAAAGAACGUGAUGUUGAGGAAGUUAAGAACGCAAUGGCUCAAGUUAUGUCUGAAUGGGUAGCGGAAAUCCAAGCUGCUAAAGAAGCUGAGACGAGGCUGCAACAAGAAGUAAAUAAGUUAGAAGAAACUGCAAAAGCAUGGAAAGAAGAAGAAAAAGAAUUGAAGAAUUCUUUAGAUACUUAUAAACGUAAAUACCAGUCGGCAAAACUAAGUAUUCAAAAAUAUAAGAAAUAUGCAGAAGAAAAAGAAAACUUUUUAAUGAGUGAAUGCAAGCGUAUUGAAGAUGGAUAUAAAAAGGCCAUAAGUCAAGUACAACAAAAUUUUGAUGAAAUAGUUAGUACUCAAGAGAAACAGAUGGAAGAAAAGUUGAAGGAGUUAGAGAGUCAAUACGAGGAAAAGUUGCAACAAUUGCGACGUAACAUGAAGUACAAAGAUAAACAUUGAGGUAUACAUAAUUAAUAUAGAUUUGCAAUAUAGAUCGUUUCGAGUAUAUGCCUUUUUUUCGUUUUUUUUUUGUCUUAGAAGAGGCUAGUUAUAAUUUAAGUAAAGCACUUUAUUGUACAACAUAUUAUCAAAAUAUUAAUUUAGAGAAUAGUAUAAAAAAUUUCAAAUACUCUCUGCAAUUAAAAAUUUUGUUAUUAUAAGAAGGAUUUUAAAUCAAAUUUGUAAUUUAAUUUGUAUAUAAUGCAUAGAUAGUUUAAAUGCCUUAAAGAUUUUUUAAUAUUCAUAAAAGUUUUUUUUCUUUAUUAUUAUAAUUUUUUAUUUACUACUAGUUGAGUGGCAAAAUUGAAAAUGUAUAUUUUUCAUGACCACGAUCAUCGAUUAAACCAUACAUAAAUCAAUCGAUUCUUGCCAAAUUUAGAGUUUUACUAUUUUCUAAUUAUUACUUGUAAACAUGACAUUAAGAAUAAUUUGUUUUUAAAAUUGAUUUUUAAACUAUAAUAUGACAAUGUACAGUAUUGUGUGUCGCCGUAGAUAAUUGUUAAACAAUUAUGAAUCUCUACAGUUUUUUAUUAUUUUUCUUUUUAAUUAAGUUUAAUUUCAGAAAACAAAGUAUACAUAUGGGACAUUUAUCAUAAAUAUAAUUUCAAAAUUUUAUAAAUUGUAUAAAGAUAACAUUAAUACUUUCUAUUCUCUAAUUGUAAUUCUAGUACAAUGUGCGAAUUAAAGCAGCCAUACGGUAAAAAUAUCAUAAUAUAUAUUACAUGCGGGACUGAUAGAUUACAUAAAAAUAUUUACAUGUCAUAUUUCAAAUAUAUUUUUUUUCAAAUUCAUCAACAACAUUGUAUGUUGGUUCUAGUAUAAUCAUCAUAUAAUGAUAAUUAUUAAUCUUAUAAACAUAGGGAAUCUUCACGAAAUAGAGAGUAUUAUUAAUAUUAAUU